CUACUCCUUUCGACUUUGUCAUGAUUGCGUGAUGUCCUCUGUUUUCUGUUCGAGAAAACAAAACUAGACUGAAGAUCUCUGUAUCCGGGAUCCUGUAAUCCUGCAACUGAAACUCUGUAAAAUCAAAAGUAGACUUUAGUACGACAAGUCAACCGGCUCACGGUCAAUCUGCAAACAUGUUUCGAACGAAGAGCAUUCAUUUUCAAGUUAUAAAUUUACUGAGGCGACAGAUUUCUCCUGAAGUCCCUAAACCAGCUCAAAGCAGAUGUAAAAGUAUCAUGACAUGGGAUUCAUUGAUGGCAAAAAAAGCCAGCAGAUCAAGAUCGACACCUCAGUUGCUCUCUAAACGGCACAACAUAGUUGAUGGUGGUGAAGGUACUUAUAAGCCAUCGCCAUUUGAACAAAAAAUUCUGGUAUGGACCAAGACUUAUCCUGCAGUGGCUGAUAUUCCAGAGCGGAUAUCGCGUGGCCAGAUGAAAAAAUCUCUGGACAAGUUUCGAGUUCGUUGCUCUAUUUGGAUGGUUGGCUUCACAUUUGUGUUUGCCGCUCUGAUGGCCCUAAUGGGAAGAAAAGCCAGGAACGAGGGUCAGUCAGUGACUAGCAUUGCACUGGCCAAAAGAGAAAAAGGAGAAUGAGACUUUUAAGUAACAUUAUCUAUUUAUUAUCUUAGUGUUGAAGCCGAAUAGAGGCUAGUUGAUGAGUAAGUGUGUUGUGAGGUUUAUCUAAGCUGAGCAGUCCCAGAGAAUGGCUGUUACAGUUCAUAGGUCACACUCAUACUCACAGGAAGCUUGUCUUGUUUUUGGAAAAGGUAUAGAAGUAUUAGCAGGGUUCUUUCGGCUCUGUAUAGCAACUUGUUACUAGAUCUUUGGCUUCCUAGUUAUUUUUUGAAAAAAAAAAGGUUGGUUUAUAUAAGUAAGAAAAUAUCAGCUCAUUGUGACGUUAUCGCACAAAGUUCAGACUUUUCAUCCAGAGUGAAGAACCUUGAAUUAGUGUAAAAUGCGUCUUCCUUUGUCAAACGGUUACUUUUGUAAGUUAUCCUCCUUUUUCUCCACACCAUGGAAUAAUUGUCAAGUUCCUGUGCACAUUUUUGUUUUCUUUGGUACUGGACAAGUUUAGAACUGACCUUACUAUGACAUCAUCUUAUUUUUUAACUAAACAAUUUUUGGUCACAUGCUAUCUUUCAUUUAGAAUAUCAGAUUUGGUGGACUUCAAUUACAAACACGAUCUAUUUUUGUUGGUCAAUUUGUGAAUUUAAAUGUCAUUCAAGCAUAUGAUGAAGCUGUCCCACUGAGAUUUGCUCUCGUAAGAUUGUAAAAUCUUGUUUUGCCUUAGAAAUGAUGCCUUUUUAUUUUCAUGUUUGAGAUUGGUGAGGAAAUGUUCUAUUCUUAUCUUGUGAAAACAGAAUCAUAUUUUAUUUUCGAAUGCAGGUGUUUAUUAGGCAUAGCAGUGAUAAUAGGUUGUCAAGCUGGAAAGCUUAAGCAGUGCUCUGAAAAUAAAGGAUCAUGUUGACUAAGAAGGGAUGAGAAACCGUGAUUUUAAACUUUGAGCAUUUCUGCAGUUGUACCAUUUUGCAGUCCUUCCUUUAUUUUUUUAUUUUUUUCCUCGGUGUUGUCUUUAUUAGGCAAUUCUUACUGGGAUACUUUAUUUUUCCUGGUAAUAUGUUGUGUUGUAAUAUACAAUGCUCCUUCACGGGAACUCGAUAGCUAGGGUUUUGAAAAAAGCGGAUGAAAUCUCAGUGGAUAGAUAAACCUGUCUCAGCCUUUACCUGCUGAAGCCACGUGAACCUAUGAGGAGAGAAUCCAUGAGGAGAAAUGCAGGAAUACUAAAGAGUAGACGCAUGACUUGAGAAGUACUGAGCUCAAUGCAAAGCCUGUUUGAAUCUCCCGACAGACUGACCCGGAAUAGAAGCAGGGUAUAAAAUAUGAUUGAUCUAAAUGCACUCUGCAGUAAAAAGAUCGUUAAAGAAUAAGAGAGCAGAGCACCUGUGCUCUCAAAACAAACGUAAGGAGAAGAGGCAGCUUACUUGACUGCUGCCUGUAUUAUAUAUAUAUACAUACAUACAUAAUUAUUCUGUUCUGUGACUGUCCGUCCAGGUCAUGCACAGAGUCGGCCACAUGGCUUGUUCACUCCAAAAACCAACUAUUUGUUGGCUCUCCACUGAUUUUGAGUUUUUGUCAAUAUUGAAAUGAAUGGUAUUUUCCUACCUGGCAUUUUAUAUCACGGUUUCGUUUCAAACACAUUUCUCCCUGCCACCUAUGUAGAUAAAAAGUCAGUUUCCAACUACGGACACUCCCCUCAAAAAAUGAAUUAAAAAAUAUGAUUGUGCUUUUUUUAGCUGUUUAAGUGUACACAUUGUAAAUGAAAAUUCUGGUGUUUAAACUUUAAUGCUCUCUGCGAAAUGUUGUUUUCUAUUGCAGUAUAUAAUAUAAUGUUUAAAAUCUCACUGUUCUAUUGUACCAAACUUUGUUUUAGCUGUGAUCUUCUGUAUAGACUAUGAACUAUGAUUGUAAGAUUCGUAUCUUUUCCAAAGAAUCCAGUAAUAAUACAGAACAAUGUCUGGAUCUUGCCCAUUGUGACAAAAAUAUUGUGGUUUUUUUUGUUGUAAUUUGUCCUGUUCUUGUCUGAGGACUUUCGUCUAAACCACUUUAUUGUGCUGUUAUUAUAUUACAUCUUUGCAUGUUUUGUGUGGUUUUGUCUUUAGAUUUAAAUAAAAUGAUUGCCAAAUAUUAGGCAGAUUUACAUAGUAAAUUAA